CGCUGUCUCCGUCGAAACGUAACUUUUUGUACAAGUUUGCUGGCGGUAAAUUCGUAAAAUGGAUCGAAGGACGAGACAAAAUCUGUUUUAUUUUGACGGAAAUGCAGACGUAACAUUGCUGGAAAUUCAAGCCUUGCAAGCAGCAGCAAGUUCAAUACUUGAUGCAAACAAGCACUACUCAGAGAUGCUCAUCCUGGGUGCCAACACACUACAAACAUUUCUGACAUCAGAUCCAAUGUAUGAAACAACUGGCCGCAACUCAUCACCCGGAAUGGAACGGUUAAUAGACAUAAUGAUAAGAAUCGCAAAUUUCCACCAGGAAGUUUGGACUGAAGUGGAUGGGCUGAGGCCGAUGGAGAAGGAGGUUCUACUAUAUGAGGAGCUGAAGAGAAAGUCCAAUGAGCGCUGGAAACAACACCAUAACCUAGAGCUCACCACAGAGAAUGCGAUGAAGGCUUAUCUCACAAGUCUCCAAAAAUGGCUGGAUCUACAUGACAAUUCCAAGAAAAAUAAAUAUGUGAAUUUUGAUGAGAGACUUGCAACCAUUACUGGGAAAACUGAUGUAGCUUUGACCAAAUAUCAAUCUUUUUACAAUAAAGAGUCUAAACACAGGGAUGUUCUGGCACAAGACACAGAAGAAUUGAAAUCUGACUUCAUGAAACAGGAGACAGCAAACUUGGAGUUAAUGUUUGACAUUCUCAGUGACCUGUUGAUGAAGAUGGAGAAGGUUGCACCUCAGGCACUAGAUGACCUGCUGUUCCUGAAUUUUGGGCCAGAGGAACCAGACAUUGACAUGAUGGCAGCGGAAGGAUGGGGAGCUCAUCUACAAGAAUAUGCAUUCCAGAAAUAUCAGGGACCUGAAGGAACAGAUCCAAGGUGUCCUCAGCCAAUUCUGAAGGAAGGAGACUUCAGGAAAAAUAAGCCAUGUCCUACAAAUAUAUUCUGCGUUGUAUCUGAUGCAGAGGAAUCUGACAUAGAUGAUCAACCUGGAGCUGCAGGACCCCUGAAUUCUAAAAUGAAAUCCAAAACUAAGGAUGCUGGGAGCAAAUAUGAAAGUCCGAAAUAUAUGAUGCCAAAACGCUCAGCUCGCACCACACCUGUCACCUCAAGUGAAAAUCUGACAGCGGAGCCAGUUAUCCAGCAACCCAUUGGGCCCCGCUUAGAACAACUAGACUCUGAUGACACAUAUUCUGAUGAAUCCUCAAAGAAAUAUGGAAAAGCGGAAGAUAAAGAUUCAAAGAAAAUGAAGAGUAAUAUCUUCAAAGAUGCUCCACUUAAGGAAAAGAGGGGUUUUGGUGCAAACAAAUCCAGUCAGAAUGAAAGCAGCGCACAAGGAAACAGUGCGUUUACAUCCCCUGAAAUAGGACAUUCUGAUGUCAGCAUGGAUAAUGUCAUGCAGGUGUUCUUAGAAUCCUGCAAAUUUUCCCCGGUUCCAGAUGAAGACAAGGCUACCAAUGGCAACAUGACAGCCAAUGAUAAGGGAUCUGCCUCAGGAUCCAAGAGUCAGAGCCGUAUUCCAAUCAGCAAAUCUCGAAGACAGCAAGCUACAGACAACAAAAAAGAUCAUGAUAAAUCGCAAACAAAAAAAUCAAAGCCGAUGACAACUUGUCAUUUAAAGACACGACAAGUGUCACAGAUCAAAACAAGGACAGCUCCUGUUCUAAAGGAAAGGAUAGAGAUUGUACAGGCGCCAAGGCACAACAAAAGGAUGGAUCUGUUUCCAAGGAACAAGACAGUGCAACAUCUGCAUCCAUUGAUAAAGAUACCCUUAGCUCAAAACUGAAGAAAAAUAGUUUCUUCUCGAAAAUCCCCACAGGAGUGACCAAUCACUGGCAGCUAGAAAGGACUCCAAUAAAGAAACUGAAGUAAAGCAGACCAGCAAAGAUAGCAGUGGAUGUCAAGAGAAAGAGAAAUUACAAGUACAAUUUUCAGAGGAUUCUGUUGAGGAAAUAAAGCUGAGCAGGUCUUUUAGAGUUGGCAAUAAGAAAAAACAUCCC